CACUAUAAUUUUAUAGAGGUUUUACUGUACUCCUCCAACAUCUCCGCCGUUAUGGCUGAACCGUCCCCAUCCUCCUCUCCUCAAUGUCCUCCUCCACCUCCCAAACCCAAACUCACGUCCGAUAGCCCCUCAUUUGCCGCCGUGACCACAAAACCUACCUGACUCAACCAAAACCUCUUCGCUUCCCCAGAUCUUGCAGAUGAUAUGUGGGAGGAUAGCGAAAAGCUAGGGUUGACUGAGCAGCCAUGAGCCAGUCGAGAAAGAACUAUUGCGACGACGAGGAUAGAGAGAUAUGAAGCUUAAACACACGAAGAAACAACCAUGGCGAGAAUCGAUACGCAAAAGCAGCUUCUCACUCUGAUCCGCGAUUUCACCUCUGAACGAUCUCGUGGAGGCAAGGAUUGGUCUUCUUCAGCUUGAAGUUUCUACUAUUGGUAGUGAGAUUGAUGCUCUUAAGAGUUUUUGUGGAUGACUUGAUGGUUUGUGAAAAUAAAGAACAAGGAAGGAUUACUCAGAGAUCAGUUUAUAAGCCAAAUGGAAGAGCUGAACAAGGAAAUAAGAAAACAGUAGAAUCGAGUUUGAGUAAUGAUGAUAGUACUGCCAUAACUGCAACUUUUGAGGAUAGACACGGAGCUGAUUCAGAAGCUAUUAAGAAUAUGCUAUCUGAUGUAAUUUCUCAAUUUGCAAAAGAAAAGGAAGGAUACAUGGCUGAGCAGAAGAUACAAGAACAGAUUUUGUUUAUUCAUUCCACAAAGAGAACUAAUGGUAUGAGAAGAAAAUGUCACUCAUGGAGGCUUAACAUAGAAAACAAAUUCAGUUCAGGUUCUUGCUGAAUAUCCUUAAGUCUAAUAGAUAGUCACUAAGAACGUUUAAGCGACUGAAACUAGAGCUUCUGUUUCUAUCAAUUGAAACAGAAUCAGGUGAGCUUCAGUCUCUUUAAUUGUUUUGUUCUAAUUCUCAACAGUAACUCUCAUAAGUUAUCAUUUAGGUUUCAGUCUUUAACAUGUAUUAAGAGUUUAAGUCCUCUCUCCUCAAGCACAAGUUGGGUUUUACUAUAAAGGUUUGGGUUGUACUAUAUUGUACGUGUGUCCGAGCUUGGUGCAUCAUUCGUCAAGUCGAAAUAUUUGUAGAAACCAAUGUUUAGAUUGGUGAUAAAGCAGAUUUGUUUUCUUAAGUAUUAAUUAAUGUUAUGCGUUUGUUUGUUUGACAGAUUGAAUAUGAGGCAAAAUAUCAUAUUAAAUGUCUGCUCACGAGGUACUUCAAACACUAAUUAAAUAUCUUAAUUUAAAAUGCAUAUCACUGACAUGUUUUUUUAAAGAUCUGAAUGGUGUCUGGAAUGUUGGUCUUUGUUAUAAUGCCUUUGUUUGGUAAAUGCAUAUCAUUUUUGUUUUGUGCGGUAAGAAGUAGAGACCAAUUAUGGUUUAGCUGGUGACCUUCAGAAUCUAUUUUUUACGGCAUCUUAUAUGACCAGCUGAUGUUGAGUUUAUAAUCCGAUGACAGUUGUAUCAUAUCAAUGCUCUUGGGUCCCAAUGACAAGUGAAGUCACGAGAGGAUGUGGAAAACUGAGAAGGAUGAACUUGUUGUCUCAGCUUUCUUUCAUCCCUCUUUUCGGUGGUCUAAGACUUGGCUUCUAUGUACUUAUAUAUCUUCUAUUUGUAAGUGGUUCUUAACUCUGUCUGGGAGUUUAAAACUCUUAUCUUUUAUGAAUGUAUGAUAUUAAACUAAGGUUUAACAUUUGUAAUUUGUGAUUGUGUACUUUAGUGUUGCAAUUUAUUUUUU